CCAAUUUCACCACCCUCUCAUUUCUCUCGUGUGCGAAAAAUCCCAUCUCGAUCUGAAAUCUCUCUCUCUAUAUAUAAGCAGACACAUCGCAGGGCGCAUUACAAUACGGGAUAGAGUUUUUACCCAAAAGUAGGCCAAGCUUCAACCAUGAAAAUACUCAAAUCCACUCUCAUAAUCUUCCUCAUAGUUUUCGUGAAUGGGGUUCUUUCUUCUCCUCCAGAUGACCCCGUCCAAUGCACUUCCGGCAACAAAGACUGCACCGUCACAAACUCCUAUGGCGUCUUUCCUGACCGGAGCACUUGCCGAGCAUCCCAAGUAAUGUACCCAACCACCGAGCAAGAGCUUACUUCCAUGGUGGCUUCGGCAUCGAAAUCCAACACAAAAGUGAAAGCAGCCACCAGAUAUUCCCAUAGCAUCCCCAAGCUUGCUUGUCCUGGAGGCCAAGACGGGAUCAUAAUAAGCACCAACAAGCUCAACCGUGUAGUGAAGGUGGAUGCGGAAAGCAGAAGAAUGACGGUAGAGAGUGGCGUGCUUCUAAGAGAAGUGAUCAGUGAAGCGGCGAAGAAUGGGCUGACGUUGCCGUACACUCCGUACUGGUGGGGAAUAACGAUGGGAGGAUUGUUGGCGACGGGGGCUCACGGCAGCUCGCUGUGGAAAAAAGGAAGUGCGAUUCAUGAAUAUGUGGUGUCCAUGAGGAUUGUGACGCCGGCGGCGGCUGAAGAAGGGUAUGCGAAGGUGAGGAGCCUAACCGAGUCGGAUGAAGAACUUGAUGCGGCCAAAGUCUCCCUUGGCGUUCUUGGGGUUGUUUCUCAGGUGACCCUCCAGCUAGAACCCAUGUUCAAACGAGCUCUUACGUAUGUGGAAAAGGACGAUUCAGACUUGGCAGAAGAAUUGGUUAAUUUUGGCAAAGAACACGAGUUCGGUGACGUGGGCUGGUUCCCAUCACAGAAGAAGGCACUGUACAGAGUUGACGAUCGAGUUUCGAACAAACACUCUGGAAAUGGUCUCUAUGAUUUCAUCCCAUUUCGUCCCACUCUCACUGCUACCUUAGCUGCUACCAGAGGCACUGAGGAGCUUCAAGAAAAAACAAGGGACGCUAAUGGCAAAUGCAUUGGUGCCAAGUUGGUGACUGGAACGCUGAAGACCGCUGCUUAUGGCUUGACUAACAACGGUACUCAUUCUAAAAUAUACAGGUAUUUCUUUACCGGGUACCCCGUGGUUGGACCGAACAAUCGCAUGCAGUCAUCUGGGACAUGCCUAGACAGUUUAGAAGACGGAAAAAUCACCAUAUGCCCUUGGGAUUCUCGACUUGGACUCCAAUUCUUCCACCAAACAGCCUUCACUAUCUCCUUGUCUAACAUUCCGGGCUUCAUUAAAGAUGUGCAGAAGCUAGUUGAAUUGGAGCCACAAGCAUUGUGUGGAUUAGAGCUCAACAAUGGAAUCCUUAUGCGUUAUGUCAAAGCUUCGAGUGCUUACCUGGGGAAAACAGAAGAUGCAGUUGAUUUCGACAUCACUUACUUCAGAAGCAAGGACCCAUUGUCUCCGAGGCUGUUUGAGGAUAUUUAUGAGGAGAUUGAGCAAAUGGGGUUGUUCAAAUAUGGGGGGUUGCCCCACUGGGGAAAGAACAGGAACUUAGCGUUCAUUGAAGUAAUCAAGAAGUACCCAAAUGCACAGAAGUUCUUGAGUGUGAAAAACAAGUAUGAUCCACAAGGGAUUUUCUCUAGUGAGUGGACAGAUCAGGUUCUAGGAUUGAAAGAAAGUGUGACAACGUUAAAAGAUGGAUGUGCUCUUGAAGGUUUGUGUAUUUGCUCAGAAGACCGUCAUUGUGCACCAAGCAAGAAGUAUUAUUGUAGGCCUGGUAAGGUUUACAAGGAAGCUAGGGUCUGUGCUUUUGACAAUGAGGCUAAUUUGAAGGACGAGCUUUGAUGGGAGGAUGCUUUAAUCCGAAUCAAAGGGGCUUUCCAUUGUGUAUUAAUAACAUCUUGUGUGCGUUUCUCUUUUAAUUUGUUGCAGAAAUAGUUGCAGAAAUACUAUUUCUUUUACGUCGAUAUUAGAUAUUUAUUUAAUAAAGGAAGUAUGAUUUUCUAAUUUUUUU